AUGGAUCUGUUGAUCGAAUAUAACAAUUGGUCAGCAAAUUAUGAAUAAAUAAUAAAUGAUAUGUUUAAAGAAUUUGACUUAAUCAAUUAGAGAUCUAGUUAAGAAUAAUUACAAUUACUCUAAUAAGUGUAUUCCUAACUUGAGAAUGAAUAAGAUUUGGAUGUAGAAUGUAUAACUUUUACAAAGUCUUCGUAAUUAUUGUGUGAAGACUUAUUAUUCUUAUGCUUAAAAGUAAUGGAACACUUUUCAUAUUAUCCAAGACCAGUCUAAUUAUUAUCAGUAUUAGAAUUAUAUAAUCAUAAUUCCAAUAAAGGUCGCUUAGCUUAAAUUUAUACUGGAGAAGGGAAAUCUCUAAUCGUAGCCAUGCUUGCAAUUUUAUUGAAUAAAAAGAAAAAUUCUAAUGUUGAUGUUGUAACUAGCUCUUCUGUUUUGGCAACUAGAGAUGUUGAAUAAUUGGAAUCAUUUUAUAAAUCAUUUUCAGUUUCAGUAUCCCAUAAUAUAAAUGAAACAUAGAAAUGCUAUAACGAAAUGCUACCAUGUUAUAAAUGCUCAGUAAUUUAUGGUGAUCCCCAUAGUUUUGAAGCAGAUAUUUUAAGACAUGAAUACUCAGAAAGAGGAACCAUGGGUAGUAGAAAAUAAGAAUAUAUUAUUGUGGAUGAAGUUGAUUCUAUGCUGAUAGAUGGAAAUAGCCAUAAAACCAUGCUAAGUGCCCCUAUACCAGGAAUGGUUGAUUUAACUAAAGUUCUUAGAUUAAUCUGGGAUGAAAUUUGUAAGACAGAAUCAAACUUAUCAACAGAAAAUAAAGUUAUGAUUGUGGAUAAAGACAAUUAUUAUAGCGUUGACUUGAAAGAAUAUAUUGAAUCUGCUAUAAACCUCUAGCUAGAAGAAGUAUUACACUAAUUUAUACCUAAAUAUAGAUUGAAAUAUAUCAAUUUUAUGAAGAAAACAUGGAUUGAAAAUGCCAUUCUUGCAAAAUAUAAACUCCAUUAGUAUUGCCAUUAUCAAAUUGAAAAUGAUAAGGUUCGAAUAAUUGAUUAUUAGAACACAGGAGUGAUACAUGGGGAUAAUAUGCAUUUGGAUAAAGGACUACAUCAAUUUGUAUAAUUAAAGCAUAAUAUAUCGAUGACUCCACUGACAAUUAACACAAACUAUCUGUCCAAUGUUUCCUUUUUCAAAAGAUACAAAAAUAAAAUUUUAGGAUUGACUGGCACUUUAGGUUCAUAAGUUACAUAGAAUUUAUUAGCUAAGGAGUAUAAUGUUGAUUUUAUUUUCAUGCCACCCAAUAAAAAAAGGCUCUUAAAGGAAGAGACAGGAUAUGCAGCCCCUAAUGAAGAAGAGUGGAAAAAUGCUAUAUUUUAGGCUGUUUAAGAAUAGAUGAAUAAAAAGAGAGCAGUUCUUAUUAUUAAUCGGACGAUUUAGGAUGUCCAUAAAAUUUAAUAGUAUUUCAAAUAAAAAAAUUAUAAUUCUAUUGUAUACUUUGACAACAAUUAGAAAAUAGAUCAUGAAGUUAGGUCUGGUACUCUAAUCAUUGCAACGAAUUUGGCUGGAAGAGGAACAGAUCUUAUAACAAACUAAGAUUUAGAAGAUAAUGGAGGACUCCAUGUGAUUAUGUCAUUUUUACCUAGAAAUAUAAGAAUAUAACAAUAAGGCUUUGGUAGAACAGGAAGGCAAGGUAAAAAAGGAACUGCUUAACUUAUUGUGAAUGAAGAGGAAAAUUGUUAUUUGGGAAAUUUACAAAAAGAUGCUUUCAAGAAUUUAAAAGUAAAUAACAAAAAUCCUACAAGUUUAGAUAUCCUUGUAAUAUUAAGAAAUGUUAAUGAAUAAUUUUAUUCCGAUGAAAUUGAAAAAGAAAUGAAAAGAUUGGAAAAUGAGGAUAGAUGCUUUGAAAAGUUCUGCAAAAUUGCAAAAGCCAUGGUCAAUUUCAGGAUGGAACCUAACGCUUUCCAAGAAUUAGAAGAGAGGUGGGGGCUGUAUUUGGAGGAAAAUCAAGAAACAGGAUUAAAUGAAAAUGAUAUUGAGAAAAUUUUGAAUUCAAAUGAUGCCUAAAAUCCAAAAUAUUUGAUUUCUCAAGGAUUGUAAAAGGAAAAUUUAUACAUACUGUAGUAGGCUGUUAGCAUUUCAGAGGUUGAUCCUUCUGCAUAAUAUUAUUCAGGAUUAUAUUAAAUAAAAUAGAAGUAGUAUGAGGAUGGAAUAUAAUCAUUGUAGAAAGCAAAGUAUUUAUUUCAACAGAAAAUUGAUGAUGAAAAAGGAUUUUCAACUGCAUUAAAAUUAAAUCGAUCUUAAAUUGACUAAUUUUCUAACAAUCUUGAAGAAAUUGGAUAAUAUAAUAUUCAAGAACAAAUUAAAAUGUUGCCAUAACUUGAAUUUGAUCUAGAUCCUAUUCAAUUUAUUAAAUAGCAUUAGUAAUCAAAUUAAAUUGACCCAACCUAAAAUGACCAGAAUUUUAAAUAAUAUUAAUAAUAAGAAAAUCUUGAAGUUGAAGUUGAAAAUAAUAAAAUUUAAGAAAAUAACAUUAAUUUAAUUACAGUCGAAAAAUAUUAAAAUAAUAGCAAGAUAAUAGAUAGGAAUGAUUAAAAAUCCAAGAAUCAUAUAAAGGUAUAUGAAGAAUUUAUUAAAAAUAUUAAUGCUACCUUAAAUACUCUUAAUUAAUUCAAUACAGCCCAGGAAAAUAUUGAAGUAGGUUUUAUCCCUUUUCAAUGCAAAGAAAGUAAUAAAAAUGGUGAUGAAAGAAACUCAAUUAAUGAUUAAAAAGAAAUUAUUAAUGAUGGACCCUUACCUCUAGUUGGAAGAGUUAUCAAAACAAAAAAAAAAAAAGAAAAAAAGAAAAUGGUGGCAAAGACUAACAUAGUUUGUAUUAGGAAUAGGUCAAUUUCUAAUUGGAUGCGCUAUUAGUGCAUUAACUUGUGGUGCAGCUUUACCUAUUGGAAAAACUUUUAUAGCUGGAGGAAUUUCUGAUAUGGUAUAGUCUGUCACAAAUGCCUGGUAAGGAUUAGAUAUUGAUUGGGGAGCUUGGGGAAAAAAUAAAUUGAUUAAUAUUGCUUCUGCAUUAGUUUUAGCAGGGCAUUCUGGCAUAAAGGAGGCUCUUCAAUUAGGAAGUAAAGGAUUUUAAUCAUUAAAAUAAAUUGGAAUUACUGAAUUUUUAGAUUAAAUCCCUGAUAUAACAGUUGAUGGAUUGAAAAAAUCAGGUUUUUGGUUAAGUGAAUUGACAAAAUAGAUAUCAAAAAUUAAUACCAAACUUUGUAAUAGAUUUAAGAGACUGCUUUACAAACUUUAAAUACUAAUCAAAUAUUAAAUUUGGCAACAGAAGUCUUAAGAGAUUAAACAAAAAAUGGAGCUAUUUCUGAAGAAACUUCUAAAGAAUUAUACGAUUUAAUCAAUACAUGUUUUUAAUAAUCUAAAGGAACCGUUAAUGGAUUUCAUAAAAAGUUUUUUGGAUUAGCAAAAAAAUAUUUAAAAUUAUAGAUAACUAAAAGAAAAACAAAAAAGUCAGAAAAUGAAUUAAAAGAAGAAGCUUAAGAAAUUUGUUCAAUCUAGGGUAACAAAAAAUAUCAUGGGCUCUAAAACAGAAUUGAAGAUUAUAAAUAAUAUGAAAAAAGACUUAACAAUGAAAUUAAACAAUUUAAAGGGAAUUAUUAAAUUUGUUACAAUGAAGAUUGUGAACUUCAGAAAAAUAUUCUUUUAUUAGAUAUUUUUUUUGAAAAAUAAUCACAUCAAAAUGAAAUUAAUCAAUUUAUCAAUACCAAUUUGAUUUAAAACUAUUUAAAUGCCUCAUUUAAUAUAUAUGACAAAGAUAUUUAACAUGAAUGUGAUGAAUUAAAAAUACCGUAUAAAGAAUCAAUGAAUCAUUUUUAUUAGAAAGUAAUAAGGCCAUAAUUCAUGAAGAUGUGUGAAGAGUUUAAAGAGCUCUGCAACCAUACAGAACCAAUAGCAUUAAUUUUUUAGUAUUAGUAUAUAAUUCAUGCGAAUGAACAAGUAUAAAGGAUAAAUGAUUAAGCCAAAUAAUUAGCCGACUAAUAAGAGUACAUUAAGAACUAAAUAAACUAAUUUAAAGGAAAUACACAUGCAUUAAAUUAAUUAAAUUAAGUAAGAAUUUUAUUUAUAAGUAGUCUAUUGACAAUUUUAAUCUUUAAGCUUAGUAAUUUUAAGAGAAAAAAAAUUAGUUGAACUAAAUAAUUUAAGUUGACGAAAAUUUAUUGGCUUAAAGUAUAAUUAAUGAGUUGAAAAAUAAAUAACUGAUUAACAACAAUGGUAUCACAAUUUCAAAUACAUUUCUUACAGAGUUCUAACAUUACUCUAAUCAGCAAAACUAUAAUAAUAUGAUGAUUUAAAUUUUAUAAUUAACUAUGGAGAGUACUCUUUAAGAAUUAGUAAGUUUGGAAUAAAACUCCCUCAAAAAACCAUUUUCGAUAGUUUUAUUUAAGGCUGCAGAAAUAGAAAUAUUAGAUGAAAUAGAAAAAUACAUCUUUAAAUCAAGAAUAUAGAAGUAAGAUAGUGUAAUCACAAGUCAAUAUGAUUGA